UUGUCGCAGGGGCUUCUUUUAUCCGCAAUGCGAGCCAGUCAGCUUGCAGUGCUGACACGACCACCUCGCUAGCCUGACAGCUGUCGAGCUAUCACUGUUUUCUCGCGUCUUUAUAUCUCAAUAUCAACUCACCUAACAACAACAGCACAUACUGCGUUGGAUGUCUGAAGAAGUUAGCUAGCUAAUGCUGUUAAUUUCAACUAUUGUGCGCUAAAUUCCCAUUAUCGCUCCCCUGUUCCACGUCACCUUAUGUAAACAACGGAUCCUGUGUUGGCUCAAGACGGAUCAUCAUGUUCACGUGACCAGAGGAACGCUGUGUUUUUCCGGUCCGAGCCAGUCCCAAUUUGAACUUCCGGAACGAUCCGCUUCUGUCUGACGAACAUGGCUGCCUCGUGGGUGCUCAGGAGAUGGUGCUCCACCUCUGUAGCAGAAGCAGCAGCAGCAGCAGCAGCAGCAGCACCCGUUAAGGGCACCCGAUGGGAGAGGUUGAAAAAUAGCAAAUUGGGUGUGUGGUUCAGCGGCAUGUCCAGAGACUACAAGGAGGCGGGUCGUGAGAUUGUGGUGGGCGCGUGGGAGAGGCCAAUCAAAGCUUCCCUCUAUCUGGGCCUCCUUGGUGGAGCCGGCGCCUGCAUCUACACCAACCCUGACGACGCCUCCUUUGAGACAACCGUCCUGGAUAUGGCCAAUCAGCUCGGGCUCCUGACGCCGUGGAUACGCAGUGGGACGUCGGAUGGGCACGUGCAGAAGCUGGCGAAGCUUCGUAACGAGGGCAGGUUACGUCACCUCAGCCUGGGCAUGGUCUCACUCACCUACUUUGCCGACUACAACCCAGACGCCAGCCUCUACGAGGCCCAGUGCUCCAAACUCUCUGUCCCCUGGAGGGAGCUCCACACGCGGGUACUGGAUGUGGGCUUUGCGGGCCGCUGGUGGAUCCUGGACCAUAAGAUGAAGGACUAUGAUGUGAACGGCGAAGAGUUCAAGCACCUGCCGCCCGCGAUGGCCGCCACAGUGCCCCCUGGUGUCCAGGGGGUGGAGAAGAACGAGAGGCUGCACAAAGAGUCAUGGAUGCCCCUGAAGACGGAGGAGGACGAGGAGAAGGAAAAGGCAGCCACAGAGGAGGAGGGCGGCAUUGUAGAACAGAUAAAGAUGGGCAGUUUAGAUCUUGUAGAAAAAGUAAAGAUGGGCAGUGGAGAUCUUGUAGAAACAAUCAAAAUAAAGACCGGCAUUGUAGCUCAACCACAGGAGCUACCUGACCCAGAACCACAGGAGCUGACACUGACAAAGACUGAGAAGGCGACACAGGAGUAGCAGACACAAGCUCAAGCAAAGGCCUAAUGUGUCAUGGACCAAUGGACUCACACUAGCAGGACAAUGAUUGGUGGACACAGUAUCAGGUCAAGGUCAUGAUUGGCAGACAUAAUGAGAUGGCUGAACAAGAAUCUCUAAAUGGAUAUAUUUAUUGGAUUUUGACAAGAUGGUAUGAGAGGUGUAAAGUGUGUAUAAGAGUACCUGCUGCACUGUGUAAUGUGUUAAAUAGCGCCCAAGCCUAUUAACACUGUGGACUAUAGCCACACAUGACAUGAUGAUAAAGGGUCUCCUUUAUAAAAUAUAUUACUGUUAACAGUUUACUAAUGAUACUUAUUUGAUAUAUAGUGCUCUAUACAGAGAUAUGAUAUUUUAUGCCAUGGUCAGCAACCUGUUACAGACACUACAAACUUCAACUAACUUAAGAGGAUUCUCUGGUACUUUUAUAUUAUUUUUAGCCAGUAGUUCUGAAAGUAGUGCUCACGAGACAAAAGUGGUCCCCGAGA